AUGUCAGAUUGGAGAAGAAUUGAUAUUGAUGCAUAUGAUCCUGAAAGUGGGAGAUUAAAUAGGGAAGACCUAAUACCUUCAUAUCCUAACCAAAUAACAUUACAAGAUUUACAGCCUACAAUUUCACAAUUACGUUCCUUUGCAAAUAGCGGUGAUAUAAAUUCAGCCAUUCAGCUGGCCACAAGCGACGUUCCCUAUAAUACUGAUGAACAGACUAAACUGCAAUAUGUGUAUGCGGUGUUAGAAGUUUUGGUUCAAGUUAGACAAGCUGAUGUCAUUAAUAUCAUCAAAGGCUUGAAUUCUCAACAACAGGAUUCACUUGCGAAAUUUCUAUAUAAAGGUAUGUCGAUGCCUGAAGGCCAGAAAAACGGCGGUAUAUUACUAUCCUGGUUCGAGAAGUUGACCCAAGUAGCAGGUGUUACCCCCAUUGUACAUUACUUAUCGGAUAGAAGAACCGUAUAA